AUAACCCUUCAGGCUGGCAAAACUCAGCACACAAGUUAUUUCCUAGGUAGUGUCUGACCACCGCUGAACUCUUCCAUUUUGUGUCGGUGCGUGCUUUCAACACUAAAAAUAUCUUCGAUAGAAGAACUGAAGUCUGGUUUUGAAAGUCAAUCGUGCUCUGAUCUAGAAGAAUAUAACUAUGAAGCUUUCGAGUUGCAUUCAAGGCUCGGCAUGGCUGUUCCUCACUGCUCUUGUGGUACAUACAGCAGCCAGGAGGAAUUUUCUGACAAUAGCUAACAUCAAUGUGACGACCAAUACCUCACCAGAAAGCAACAAAACAAUGAUGCAAUACGAAGAAGGAUUCUACGGUGAAGAAUCUCCGCUGCGAGAGGCCAGCGGAAUUGUUGGGAUCCCAAAAUCAAAGGAUGCUUUCGCUUGUGAACCUGAAGUCAGUUUCAAUUCAAUGGGGUCGCCUUGGAUUGCUCUGAUAGAAAGGGGAAAUUGCAAUUUCUCAUACAAGAUUAAUAUUGCGAGGCGAAGAGGAGCUGCUGCUGUGGUGAUCUUUAACAAUGCAGGAACAGGCGACAAGCUUGAACCAUUUCAGCAUCCAGCCUACAUCAACGUGAGCUUCACCGAGCCGGGCAGCAACCAGACGGGCUGGGAGAGGAGCGAGUGCGGGGUGUACGGUCAGAACUCGCCGCUGGAGAGUGUCAGAGGGCUGGUGGGGUAUCCGGUGUCCACCCGACCCUGGGGCUGCGACACGGACGAGCAGUACCACAAGCCCCCGGACCAUCAGGACUGGAUCGCCCUGAUGGAGAGAGGCAACGGCUGCACUUUCACCGAGAAGAUCCAGAACGCAGCUUUCCAGGGAGCCAAGGCUGUGGUCAUCUUCAACUACCCCACUCCCAACAACGAGGUAGUCCAGAUGUCUCACCCCGGGACUGAAAAUAUGAUUGCUGUAAUGAUUGGCAACAACAAAGGCGCUGAAAUUUUGAACCACGUAAGAGAGGGCAUUUCGGUUUCCAUGAUGAUUGAAGUUGGAAAGCAGCAUGGACCAUGGACGAACCAGUAUUCGGUCUUCUUUGUCUCCAUCUCCUUUUUCGUUGUCACAGCAGCUACUGUGGGCUAUUUCAUCUUUUAUUCUGCCAGGAGAUGGCGAGUUGCAAGGGCCCUGACCAGAAGACAGAAACAGCUGAAAAAUGAAGCCAAGAAAGUAAUUAACAAGUUGGAAGUUCGUACUUUGAAGCAAGGAGACGAGGAGAUUGAAGCAGAUGCUGACACUUGUGCAGUGUGCAUUGAACCCUAUAAGCCUGGUGAUGUUGUCCGGAUUUUGACAUGCAGCCAUAUAUUCCACAAAUCCUGCAUUGACCCUUGGAUUCUGGAGCACAGAACAUGCCCUAUGUGUAAAUGUGAUAUUCUUAAAGCUCUUGGAAUCGAGAAUGAUGAAGAAAAGGACAGUGAGCAAAGCGCGCCAGAGCUAACCUUCAACAAUUCUCAGAGAAAUGGACUGGAUGUGCGUACUGAUAUCCCAGAGAAUGCCAUCUAUACACUGCCGUCUGUUUAUGGGCCUGAGCGUGCAACAGAGGAGAGUCCAAUUUCCAGUGAAGAACAGUAUCUGGUUAAUAACGAAGGUGGAGUGAAUUCGCUGCCUGUACACAUCGUGCCUUACGACAACCCAAUAUAUGAAGAGAUUGACCUUAAAAAAGAAGUGAAAUCUUGAAUCUAGCUGACGACAUCAACUCGAAUCCGCUAAACCCUGAACAUAAAGCCAAUCAAGAGCUGAUGUGCAAGGAGCUCCUCUUACAUGAACUCAUUGUUUAAACAAAGUCUUUUGAGUGGCUCAAAUUCUAUUUUUCCGCACAAAUGUUAUGCCAAUGUUAACUGAAAGGUGAUUUCAAUAUAAUGUAAAUGUAAGGGGCAAAAUGUGAUUAGAACUGUACUAGAGCUUUCAGUAUUUUUGCAUAAUCAGUACUGUUACGUGAUCUCUGGUAGCCUUAAAGUUGCGGUAAAAGGGAAAACUAUUCGACACUUUUAACCCAUAGGGUUGCAGCAAAGCAGGUUUCCGACUCAAGAUGGCAUGCUUAUUGGCAUAUAAAUUGGAAGCUGACUGGUGAUCUGGGAGUUUCUUUGCUCACAUUUAUUGCACAAAUUGUAAUACACUUCUAAUGGAAAUGUGAGCACAAGGUUAACCAUUGACCUAUUAAUAUUGUUCUGUAAUGUUAAACAAAGCCUGUCAUCUACCAGUACAGUACCUUCUGGAUAGGAUAAAUGCAUAAUUGAAACAAAAAGGCAUUGUCGUCUACCAUUCACCCAUAUCGUGUAAAGGUUGUUUUGCUAGUACAUAUCCUGGCCCUUUGGUGGUGCAUUUACCAGUAUUCAGUAGCACUCGAAGGAAUAUCUCAUCUUUUCACUGUAACAUAUAUUUUUGCAACUGUUAUAGGAUUGCAUUUCAAACAGCUCAACUUUUACAGCACCAAUUUCUUCUAGUCCAUAUGACUCCUAGAACUUGUUGCAUGAAAACAAAACAGCUGAACAAUCAUAACUUGAGAUCAAGUAAAGAUUUGUACAGUGAGUGCUUUUAAUCAAAUCUGAGGCCCAAACUUUCUCAUGGUCUUCGCUACAAGAAGAAAAAAAAUUUAUUAAAAAAAAUGAAACACUGGGCAGAAUUGUGGAAAAUUCUUAAAUUCAGUCUUUGUUUGGAAGCUGGUUCUUUUUAAGAACUGAGGAACACUGGCUUUUAAAUUAAGGUUGAUUUUAAAAAGCCCGGACAAUGUUGAUUCGAACACAAUGGUCUAAUGGCUAAAACCAAGAGAAAUUUCAGGCCUCUCGUGUUCAAAGAAUAUUUUUUAGACGAACACAACACCUGUCAGAUUUGGCUUCUUAUAUUCACACCUUUUUUUAAAUAAAAAAAACAUUUUAAUCCUUAAAACAAUAAAU